GUACCACCACCAGACUGCUUCGACGACGGAUCGCCACAAGGCAGGGCGGCUGCGUGACGUUGCAUCCAUCGGCGGCGACUACGGACGGGCCUCACCGGACCAACAGUGGACGACGAACGGCACCCCGCAAGGGCCUGAUAACAGACGCGCGUCAUGGAGACGGACGAGGGCUCGACGCUCAUCAAGCCGCCGCCCAAGGACCCCAACAAGGCGCCCAUCGAGAAUGUGCUCGAGGUGACCGAGAUGGCCGUCCUGGGACCGGACAUCUUCACCAACACGCGGCCGCAGUGGCAUCCCCCGGGGGCGCGCGGCAUCUACGGCGGCUCCGUCAUCGCGCAGUGCCUCGCCUCGGCGCAGAAGACGGUGCCGGACCACUUCCUCGUCCACUCGUGCCACUGCUACUUCCUCCUCGCGGGGUCCGCCGACGUGCCGAUCCUGUUCCACGUGGAGCGGGUGCGCGACGGCCGGUCGUUUGCGACGCGCACCGUGCAGGCGCGCCAGCGAGGACGAUGCAUCUUCACCACCACCAUCAGCUUCACGCGCGAGGGGUCCGGCGGCGAGCAACAGGUGCGCCACGCGACGCCGCUGCCCGAGGGGGUGGAGCCGCCGCCGGCCGAGGACUGGGACGGCGGGCCCGAGCACGCGCGCAUGGGGCCGUUCCAGAGCCGCAGGAUCGAGGUGCUGCGGGCGCGGGACCCCGAGGCGCGGCCCGACGAGCGCAAGGCGCGGCAGUGGCUUCGCUCGCGGGGCACCAUCUCGGCGGCGGGCGGGCACCAGGCGCACCUCGAGGCGCUGGCGUACAUUUCGGACAGCUACUUCAUCGGGACGGUGUCGCGCGUGCACCGGCUGUGGCGCUUCCCCUUUGCCCCCGAGGAGGUGCCCGGCCUGCCCGCCGAGGUGCGCCGCCAGGUCGAGGAGCUGAGCGAGUUCGAGGGCAUGGGCUCGCGCGUCGAGGACUGGGUCGGCAGGCCGUCGGUGGGCAUGCUGGUGAGCCUCGACCACAGCAUCUACUUCCACGAGCCGCUGCGCGUCCGCGCCGACGACUGGAUGUUCACCGAGAUGGAGAGCCCGUGGUCGGGCGACGGGAGGGGCGUCGUGCUGCAAAGGAUUUUUGCCAAGGACGGGACCCUGCUGGCGACGUGCGUGCAAGAGGGCGUCAUCCGGCUGAAGCAGGACGGCGGCGAAAGGGCCGGAAAGCUGUGACGAGACUGAAUACAGGCUGACCGGUUUGGACGUUCGUCCCCCCCCAAUCAUUGGAUCAUAUGUUGCGUUUGUGGAUGUGGAUGUGUGUUUGCGGUACCAUGGCGUGCCCAUUGCUCGGCACAAACACCCCCCUCCCGAGCAAGGACGACCUUGUUUUUUCACUUUGUUCAUAUUGUUCUGUGCCUCGGUUUCCACACGCCCCCCCUCCCCUGCGCGCUCGCGCCCUUAGACUUAGAUUUCGAAUGAUGCCUCAAUACACACAUACACGCUUGCCAGCUG